AUGGCUUCCAACCCCAUCUUGUCCCCUGACUCACCCAGCAGCCCCCACUCCCGGGCCUUGGCUGUCCCCCUGGUGUCGGGGGGAGGGGGCUCCCCAGCCUUUGGGCCACCAGAGGUCCCUUCUCAGCUCUGUCCUAGGGAAAGCCCAGAACCUCAGCCUGGCUCGCAGCAGCCCCAGCCAGACACCCCAGCCAGACACCACCGGCUGCCUCUGCCCCCCGCCCCCCCCAAGCUGCCUCCCCGUCCACACCCUCCAGUGGCCGUGCGGCCGCCUGAGCGCCUCUGGGCCAGUGGUCAUAUCCGAGCACAUCUCUCCACUUCUUCCCCUUCUGGACGUGACCUCCAAGAUGCCCUGCCCAAACUCCUUACCUCCUCGAGAAUCCCGCUGCACAAGUUUACGUCUAUCCGCCGGACCAUGUCGGAGGUGGGAGGCCCCGUGGAAAAACUGAUCGCCAAGGCCUCCACUUCAAAAUAUGCCCAGGGGGUGCCCGCUGUGACCGGGGGGCCCGUCCCCGAGGUGCUCAAGAACUACAUGGACGCCCAGUACUACGGGGAGAUCGGCAUCGGGACGCCCCCACAGUGUUUCACUGUCGUCUUCGACACCGGCUCCUCCAACCUGUGGGUCCCGUCGAUCCACUGCAAGCUGUUGGACAUCGCCUGCUGGAUCCACCACAAGUACAACAGCGGGAAGUCCAGCACCUACGUGGAGAACGGCACGACCUUCGACAUCCACUACGGCUCGGGCAGCCUCUCCGGGUACCUGAGCCAGGACACCGUGUCGGUGCCCUGCAAUUCGGGUCUGGCAUCCCUGGGCGGCGUCAAGGUGGAACGGCAGGUCUUCGGGGAGGCCACCAAGCAGCCGGGCAUCACCUUCAUCGCGGCCAAGUUCGACGGCAUCCUGGGCAUGGCCUAUCCCCGCAUCUCAGUCAACAACGUGGUGCCCGUCUUCGAUAACCUGAUGCAGCAGAAGCUGGUGGAGAAGAACAUUUUCUCUUUCUACCUGAACAGGGACCCGACUGCACAGCCAGGGGGCGAGCUGAUGCUGGGCGGCACCGACUCCAAGUACUACAAAGGCCCCAUCGCCUACCUCAACGUCACCCGCAAAGCCUACUGGCAGGUCCACAUGGAUCAGGUCGACGUGGGCAGCGGCCUGACCCUGUGCAAGGAGGGCUGUGAGGCCAUCGUGGACACGGGCACCUCCCUUAUUGUGGGCCCCGUGGACGAGGUGCGCGAGCUGCAGAAGGCCAUCGGGGCCGUGCCGCUCAUCCAGGGAGAGUGUCAGGGCGGGAAGACCGUCUGCCUCAGUGGCUUCAUGGGCAUGGACAUCCCCCCACCUGCGGGGCCGCUCUGGAUCCUGGGCGACGUCUUCAUCGGCCGCUACUACACCGUGUUCGACCGCGAGGAGAACCGUGUGGGCCUGGCCGAGGCCGCCAAGCUGUAGCCACCUGCCCACCGGCAGGAGAGGAGGAGAAUCGUGGGAGGAGGCAGCGCCCGCCCUCCCGCUACCCCGCCACACACACACACACACACACACACACACACACACUCGCACACUCACACUCACCUGCAGCGGCUCGGCUCUCCAGGCUGCCGUGUGGCAGGCGCUGUUUUGUGGUUUUCCCUUCCCUGGUUGCAGAAGCUGCCUGUCUGUCUGUCCGUCUGUCCGUCCGUCCGUCUGUCCGUCCGAUGGAGGGCGGGGCUGGGCCAGCCAGUAGGCUCAUUUGUGCUCAGAGCCCUUUCACUCACCUGAAGACCCAGCUCGGCUCCGUUGUGCAUCCCA